GUGAGGGUCGUCAGCUUGAAUGUUCGAUUUGGCAUUUACGCCGUGGGACUAGAAAGUGGCAAGGUCGUCGUCCUAGGUCUGCCAAGAUCAGGCGAUGCUGCAGUACGGGUCGAAUGGUCGAUCGAGCAGGCCGACCUGCAGAUAUCUGCGGUACCGGCAACGUCACCUCCCUGGCAUGGACGUCGGACGGCUGCGGUUUGGCCGUCGGGUGGAAGAGAGGAUUAGGGAUCUGGAGCUUGUCGGGUCGGCAGACCUUCCUCUAUCACGGCGCGGACGCAGAGACGAGGGAAGACGUUGCCAAGAAGCAGAUCAACGCAUUGAAUAAGUUUGUUAGUGUGCAACAUCUGUUCUGGAGCGCUGGUAACAAUGAGCUUGUAGCUCUGACAAACGGUCCCUCGUCUCAGGGUCAGGCCGAGUUGUCGAUGCUGCCGAUCAUGCGGGCGUCGUCUCUCGGUCAUUUGGACCCGGCUGAAUCCGAGCAACCGUUGUUCAUCGCGGACGAUACGGUCAACAUCUACCGCGGCCGAUCCUGGAAGCCGGCGGCGUUACUCGACCCGCAGGCUUCGCCUUGGCAGAUCGUCAAGGUCAACUCCCUGUACGCUGCUGUGCAAUGGCCUAUACGAUAUUGCUGCAUAUCGAACGAUGGCACGCUUUUGGCGGUCGCUGGUCGCAACGGACUCGUGCACUAUUCCUCGAACACCGGGCGAUGGAAGAUGUUUACCAGCGAAACGGAAGAAACGAGCUUUAGCGUCAAGGGUGGCAUGGUGUGGUACUAUCACGUUCUGAUCGUCGCCACCGAAAGCGCUCGAGGAACCGAGCUCCGACUAUAUUCGCGCGAUCAGGAACUGUCCGACGCCAAGUGCUUGAACGUUCAACAACUCCCGCAUACGGUAGUCACCAUGACACUGCAGGGCUCGACGCUGCUUGUGUUAACGGCUGACAACACGCUCUAUCACUAUACUGUCGCAACGACCCGUGACGCGAUCCGCUUGGUCAUUGGAGAUAGUAUGAGCCUGCAGGGUUUAAACCCGAGCGCUGGCAGGGUGAGAGCCAUAUGCGGCUUUACAGCAGGUCACGGCGACCUUGACUACGAUCUCUUGACAUCUACGAUCGUGCUCCUCGCCGGAAGUCAGCUGGUCGUCCUGGAGCCAAAAAAGGGCGCUCACGGAGGCACGAGAUACGAGAGCCGUCUGUUGGCGAGCCGAGUUGACAGCUUUUACAUCUACAGUGGCAAACUAACAGGUCUCCGACGGAGUGUCUGGGCUAUGACCAACCGAAACGUAGCAUUCUGGCCGGAUGUCGUCCACGAGCGAAUCAUCGAGAUUGCGUCGCCAGCUUGCCCAAUAGCCAUCCUGCACGAUCCGAGUCUGAUCGUCACGCUUUCGAACCGGAUCGAUGUCCGCUUCAAUUUACCGUUUGAAUCUAUUCAACAGGAGAUGGGGGUGGUUCUUUACCUACCGCAAUGGCUCGAGUCAUUCCUUCGACAAGGGGAUGUCUCUUUGGCACAUGAAUUGGCCGGGGCAUCACAGACACUGCCCUACUUUGCGCACAGUCUGGAAAUGCUUUUGCGUGCGACGAUCGAAGGCGCCAAGCGGGACGACGCCUUUUCGAACGGUGUGGUGCGGUUAUUGGACUGCUAUCCUGAAAGUCUGGACGUAGCGGCCGCCUAUACACGCAAGACUGAGGUCGAGAACUGGGGACGUCUGUUCGAGUUGAUCGGGAAUCCGCGAGAGCUGUUCGAGCGGUGCCUGCAAGAGCCUAAGAGACUCCAAACUGCAUCCCGCUACCUGAUUGCCAUUAGGCAUCAGAGCGUUUCCGAGGCAUUCGAAAUUCACGAGGACACGACACGGCUACUGCAGCUAGCUUUCGAAGCCGGGAACAUCGAGCUAUGUGAAGAGAUCAUACGGUUUCUAGACUCGGUGGACCCGUCGGGAGACCUCAAAACACGGUCUCUUGACGUUCUGAGCGCUACAUUGGUGUCGGAAAACAUUAUCAAUAUGAACAUGGCGUCGCCGCAGGUCUAGGGGGAUAUACAGUCUUGUUCUCUCAGCCAAGCAAUUGUCCGU